UCUCUCACUCGACUCUCUCUUUGCCUAAAUAUCACGCCAUUCUCUCUCUUUUUCUCUCUCCUCGUCUCCAGCGGUUUAGCGACCCAGCUUGACCACCACCAGUAUCAGGGCCGAGUGUGGUUGAAUAUUGGAAUGGAAGGUUUGUUUAUUGCGUUCUGGGGUGAGAGAUUUGAACCUGGUUAAGGAUAAUCUGGUCGUCUGGAACGCUUUUGGGGGUCGACGAAAAUGGCUCCUGUAAUGGGUUUCCCAUCACACCCAACAAGCUUUUCAUGCAAGAGACGAUUAGAGCUGAAUAUGGAGAAGGUUUUGAGACUUUUAGACCAGAUGGGCCUCUAAAGGUUGAUGUGAUUUUGAUUGAGUGCAGGAGGCAGCAACAUCAACAACAGCAACUAGAGAGGGGAGAGUUUUCACCUUGUUUGAGCCCUUCUGGGUUUGACUCUAGAGAACCCUAUGACCUCAACCUUGGUUGUCCUGUUGGAAUCACGGGAUAGGAUUGGUGGUCGAGUUUAUACUGACUACUCAUUUGGUUUUCCUAUUGACCUGGGUGCAUCAUGGUUGCAUGGAGUUUGCAAGGAGAAUCCCUUGGCACGAUUGAUUGGGAGACUAGGACUACCCUUAUACUGUACUAGUGAGGAUAACUCUGUGCUGUAUGAUCAUGAUUUGGAAAGCUAUGCUCUCUUUGAUAUGGAAGGGAAUCAAGUGCCUCCAGAGUUAGUCACUAAAAUUGGUGAAGUAUUUGAGAGCAUUUUGGAGAAGGCAAGUGAUCUUUUAUUGUUAAUUAUUUGAUUUUAGUUUUUUAGUUUUUUUCCUAGAUAACAUUG